GAGAGAGAGACGGACACAUGCAGUAACUUAGACCACAAAGAAGACAAAAACUGAUAGACCAUGAAGAAGAGCAGACUAAGCAUAGCCAUCAUACUAUUAUCAUACACGGUGGCUACGGUGGCCGGACAACAAUGCGGCAGCCAAGCCGGUGGUCAGACUUGUCCCGGCAACAUCUGCUGCAGCCAGUACGGUUACUGCGGCACCACGGCGGACUACUGUUCACCGGACAACAACUGCCAGAGCAAUUGCUGGGGAAGCGGGCCUAGCGGCCCAGGGGAGAGCGCGUCGAACGUACGCGCCACCUACCAUUUCUAUAACCCGGAGCAGAAUAACUGGGAUCUGAGAGCCGUGAGUGCUUAUUGCUCCACGUGGGAUGCUGAUAAGCCUUACGCGUGGCGGAGCAAGUAUGGCUGGACCGCCUUCUGUGGACCGGCUGGUCCUCGUGGUCAAGCUUCUUGCGGCAAGUGCUUAAGGGUGAGGAACACAAGGACGAAUGCAGUGGUAACGGUGAGAAUAGUGGACCAAUGCAGCAAUGGAGGAUUGGAUUUGGAUGUUGCAAUGUUUAAUAGAUUGGAUACCGAUGGUGUUGGCUAUCAACAAGGCCAUCUCAUUGUUGACUACCAAUUUGUUGACUGUGGCAAUGAUCUCAUUCAUCAGCCUGCCGAUUCCAAAAACAUCCUUGUUUCAGCAAUUGAUCGCGUUUGAUAUUAAUAUGUAAUGAUUUUCGAGUUCUGCAUCUUUCCACACAUAAUAUAAUAAAAUGAACUCUAUAUCGAGUGAUAUGUUUUUGUUGUUUCUUGGCAGUUUUUGUCUUUCUUUCAACUACCAAUAAUAGCCGUUCUUGAAUUUUCGA